AUGAAAGAACCCCGGAUUUUCCCUAGAGAGCGGCCAACUCCUUGGACUCGUGCUCCGCUGCCACCUCGAGGACGGAUGGACAGUUCCCUGGGACCACAAGGGGGUCCUGCUUUAAACACAGGCCACCCUCUGGGUAUGAACUCAGAUCCCUUCCUUAUGGCAACCGGCUCUCUUGGUGGAAAUUUGGCCCCGUUUCCAAGGAACCCGUCUCCUUUUCCAACUUCAUCAGGCUCAUUGGCUUCAAAUCCAGCACCUUUCCCUGCUGGUGCUCGUGACCCAAGCAUGGCUUCUUUUCCAAGAGGGAUGAAUCCCACUGGCACAGGUGCAGUUUCUUUCCCAAGGCCGGGUGGUCUCUUGGGCCCAAGCCCAGGGUCAGCUCUAAAUCCUAGAGCAGGGGCUCUUCCAGGCCCAGGGCCUCUGUCUAACCCAAGGUUAGGGGGUCUCCCAGGGCCAGGUCCUAUGUCCAACCCAAGGCCAGGUGGUCUUCUGGGAACAGGUCCUGACCCCAGAAGUGGUGGCCCCAUGGGCCCUGGAUCUGGACCCAACCUGAGAGCAGGUGUCCUGUUGACUUCUGGGAAUGGUCCUCCCAAUCCUAGGCCCGUUGGCCUGGGCCCCGGACCAAGUCCCAAUCUGAGAUCAGGCUUUGUAGGUACAAACCCUGCCCCGAGGUCAGGUAUGUUUCCAGGCCCUGGCCUUGGGCCCAACCCAAGGUCAAGUGGCCUGGGCCCAGGCCUUGGGCCUAACCCAAGGGCAGGUAGCCUGGCUCCAAGCCCUAAUUUGGACACCAGAGCAGGUGGCCUCUUGGGCACAGGAUCUGGUCUUAACUUAAGAAUGGCUGGACCUCAAAGCCUAGAUCUUGCACCCAUUCUAAGAGCAGCAGGUCUUUUAGGAGCAAAUUCAGCUGCUUUCUCACAGUCUUCUGGAAACAUGGGCACAAGCCCAUCUUCCAUGGCCAGAAUACCUGGCCCCAUAGGCCCAAACUCGGGUCCUGGCUCUCGGGGAAUUGGCCUUCCGGGGCCAAAUCCAUCUCCCAUGUCGAGGGCUCCUGGCCCCAUUGGCCCUAAUUCAGCUCAUUUUUCAAGGCCCGCUGGCCCCAUGGGAGUAAAUGCUAAUCCUUUUCCAAGGGGGACAGGUUCAGGGGGAUUGAACCCAGCUGCUUUCUCUCAGUCUUCUAACACAUUGGCUUCAAACCCAGUUAACUUCCAGAGGUCUGCUGGCCUCCAGGGCUCAAGUCCGGCAAUUUUCCCAAGAGCCUCUGGGCCACUAGGCUCCAACCCAGCUAACUUUCCAAGGGCCACUGGUUUACAGGGUCCAAGUCCAGCUACCUUCCCAAGGUCUACUGGCCCAUUAGGUCCUGGUCAGGUUACUUUCCCCAGGUCAGCUCCUGGGCCCCUAGGCUCUUCGCCAGCAGGCCCGGUGGGUAUCAACCCAGCUCCUUUUGCAAGGCCAACUGGGACCCUGGGUCUAAACCCAGCUUCCUUUCCAAGGAUGAAUGGCCCUGUAAGCAAGACUUUGGUCCCAUUUCCUAGAGUGGGGAGCCUCCCUGGCACCAACCCAGCUGCUUUCCCCAGACCAGGGGGUCCAAUGGCUGCAAUGUACCCAAAUGGAAUGUUACCCCCUUAAACACCAUUUUUCUCUCCAGGACCACCCUGGUUUCCAGGCACUGUGGUUCUGGGCAGGGGCUGUUUUAGGUGAAAGGGUAGAUAUGGAGCUACAGUCUGAAGUACAUAGCUGGGGCUCAACUUCAAAUGAGCCUUUCCCGCCCCCCC